AUGCAAAUAUUCUUGUGCUCCAGGAUGCUCAAAAGCGAUUUGCGGCGAUAUUUGAAGGAAUCCACGACUACUUCUACAAUGUCAGUGAAGAUGGCCUUUGAAAUACUGCAUUUGUUCCUGGAACAGGGUCAUAGUAUCACAGUGGAUCCGAAUUUUCCGAAGAAACCGCCAAAUUCGUUCUCAAUAUUUGCCAAGAAAUUCUGGAAUGGAAAAUUUUCUUCGAUCCAGUUGAAUCAACCACUCACUGCAAUGGGAUUGAUCAGUUCGCUGGAGAAUGCUUGA